CUCUCCCCUGACCUCCCCCUCAGAAGUUGCUCAUGGUUUCAGUUUGAGGAGGUUUAGUGUUCUCAAGCCUCUGAACACACACGUCCAGAAGUUAGAGCAGCCUUUACUACUGGUUUCCUUCAGAAAUGAAGACCGUUUAAUUUUCUUUUAUUAAUCCAAGCACAUUUUUUUUAAUAAGGAACACGGAUGAUUUGUUGGAAAAAAGGUUAAAAAGGACGGCAUCAUCAUCGUCAUCAUCAGCAAACUGGGGCAACAUCACCUGGCAGGCAGAAAUCAUGAAAGAAAACAACGGGGGAUACGAGAACCAGCUCUUCAAAGAUGAGGACUUCAUGGGAGAGGAGGAGGAGAUGCCUUCAUUCAGAGGUCGUUCAAGAGUUGGCUGCAUGAGAUGCCAGCAAAGCCAGUCUCUCCAGCUGGCUGUGAAAGUCCUUUAUGGCUUUGUUGCUUUCCUCAUCAUAACUGUUGCAGUUAUGGCAUCGCUUGUGUUCAAAAAGGUGGACAAUUUGUCUGAAAAGGAAUCCGCGUACAACAAGAAGAUCACAAAAGUUCAAGAAGGAAUAGAGGAUCUGAGGUCUGUUUCUAACAGCUCGGACUGCCUGGAUGUCUCCCUUUACAGUGAAGAGAUGGACAGGCUAAAGAGAGAAUUUGAAGACAUCCAGAAAAUGAUACUGGGUCAGGAGCAGUUUCUGGAUCAGGCUUCCAAAACGCAAACCACCAUAAAAGACUUGGUCGUCCAGACAAGACAGGAAGCUGAAGGCCAGCUCAUCCGGAUCAAACUCCUCAACCAGUUUCUGCACACGCUCACGGAUCAGGUGCAAGGUUGGAAGGAGGUGAUUGAUGAAACAGAGGAGAAGAUGAAAACGCUGACGGACGAUCAGUACGACAUCAAAGCAACGGCACAACAAGUCAACACCACAGUAGCACUCAGCACAAUGUGGAUAGAUACCCUCCAAAGAAAAGCAGACGACGAGAGCGCCGUCCUGCAGAAGUUGUCGAGCGACUGGCAGGACUACAGUCGAGUCCUGGGCGCUAUCAAGUCCAACACUAGCAGCACCUCCCAGACGAUGCGUUUCCUUCAGAACAGCAUCAUGAUAGAUCAGCAGAGAAUGGCCAUGUCCUCUGAGGUGAUCUACGACCUUACGCAUCAGGUUAUGAACCUCCAGAUGCAACUUGACAAUGUGACAUCUCUCAUGGAUGAGAAUGAGGAGAACAUGCACGAUCUUCAGUAUCACUCCAGGUAUUACGAGAACCGAACAGGUGAGCGUUUCUCAGCCUUAGAUGGCCGUCUGAACUCCAUCGAGAUGGAGAUUGACACCAUCGCCUCGAGCAUCAACGCCACCGUCAGCCACGUCCAGAGCAUGUACAAGUACAUCAAUGUUGAGAGCUCCUCCUGCAAGAGUCGCCUGGGCAGACACACCGAAGACCUACAGAACAUGAACACCACAGUUUUCUUACUCCUCAACCUGGCCAGCACGCUGAAGCAACAAAACAUGCAGCUGAAUGUUCGUCUAGAUAUGGAUGUGAGGAACCUGUCAAUGGUGAUGGAGGAGAUGAAGCUGGUGGAUGUUUCUCACACCAACCUCAUAAACAAUUUCACUAUUCUUAAAGGUGCUCCUGGGCCACCUGGGCCCAAAGGAAAUCGUGGUGAGAGUGGCCCAAAAGGACCCAUGGGACUGACAGGCAGCAAAGGUGACAGAGGCCCUAUAGGAAGUCGUGGAGCUGCCGGUGUGAAGGGUCCACUCGGUCCAAAAGGAGCACAAGGAGAACCGGGCCCUGUUGGCAGCAGAGGGCAACCAGGUGUGCAAGGAGCCAAGGGCUCACCGGGUUUACCAGGCCCAAAAGGGGAAAGGGGCCAGAAAGGUGAUAUGGGUCCUACUGGUACUGAUGGCCUACCUGGCCCUGAAGGACCUCCAGGGAUCCAGGGCCAAGUUGGACUGCCCGGUCUCACUGGGCCUACAGGACCAAGAGGAAAACCUGGGCCAUCAGGGCCACCUGGACCACCGGGCGCACCUGGACCUCCUGGCUUACCAUCAAGCAGCCUUCAGCAGCAAACUGCGGCACCUGUUCCCGGGGCCAAGAGACAGUAAAGAAGAAUGACGGCCAUGUUGUUUUCGUACAAAGAAGCUAACUAAGGAUCAGGAAUGCACUGAAACACUGAUUUCAAUUGAGGUCAUAAAGACUAAAUAUAAAAAAAAGCAGCAAACCAGCUUCAGGGUGGAAUAUGACAAAACCUGGCUGUGAUAAAUGAAAUAACCAAGACAAAAGCAGCCUUUUAUGGACUGAGCCGUUCAAUGAUUGCUAAGAAAUGGAAGUACUCCUAAGCAAAAAAAAAAAAAUUCAUUUUUGGACUUUGUAUGCUUGGGUUCAUACAGUGUAUCGACCAAAUCAGCUAAUGAAUAAAUUUAACCAAACCAAUAGGAUGGUAACCAUAAAUUUGGAAAGAGUAACCAGACAUUAAUUACUUUAGGUUCAAUAAAUUGAUUUACUUAUUAA